CGUGAGGCAGGCUCCAUCCUGAGCCUGAGUCGAUGUCUCUCAUAAGCUAACUCUCACCCGAAUUUCCAACGCUUCCGUUUUCACGACUACACUUACUACACGAUCCAGAACAUGUCUCAAAAUCUCUUCCCAGAGAUCCGAGCAGUCGCAGAGGAGACCGAGCAGCUCGCAGACAGGGAAGGCGAGAACGUCGAGUCGACGACGGAGGAUGAUGAGCGGCCCAUGCAGGAGAUCGAGUCACUCUGCAUGAGAUGUGGUGAACAGGGAGUCACCAGGCUGCUCCUGACGUCUAUCCCCUUCUUCCGCGAGGUGAUCGUAAUGUCCUUCCGUUGCGAAUCAUGUGGCUUCCAGAACAAUGAAGUUCAGCAGGCUGGUGCCAUCCGACCGGAUGGUACGGUCUACACCCUCCGCGUUCUCUCGCGAGAAGACUUGAAUCGACAACUUAUCAAAUCCUCGACGGGAACCAUCGAGAUUCCUGAGUUUGAACUCACCAUUCCCGCCUCGCGCGGUCAGCUCACCACUAUCGAGGGAGUCCUCCGCGAUACCAUUCAGACCAUCAUCGACGGACUCAAGGAGAUUCUCGCAGAUCAUGAGGACGAGGAUGAGGACAGCGCCAUCGGAGAAGUCAAGCUCCCGCGAAAAGCGAGUGAGAAGGACGCACCGAUGCGGCCGUUCACUGUGCGCCUGGAUGACCCCUCGGGCAAUUCGUUCAUCGAGUUCAAUGGGAGCAUGGCGGAUCCGAAGUGGAACAUGCGCACAUAUCACCGCACAAAGCAACAUAACAUUGAUCUGGGCUUGAUAAACCCCGAUGAACCAGACGAGCUCCUACCGAAGGUUAACGGCGAGGGUGAUGAAGGCGUAGAGAAUGCCAACGAGGAGAUCUUCAUCUUCCCCGGGACGUGCUCGAGCUGUGGACAUGCUAUCAACACGCUCAUGAAGAAAGUCAACAUUCCGUAUUUCAAGGAUGUCAUCAUUAUGUCGACGAACUGCGACAAGUGCGGAUACCGUGACAACGAGGUCAAGUCCGGUUCCGCCAUCUCUCUACAAGGCAAGCGGAUCACGCUGAAGGUCGAGGAUCAGGAAGAUCUCAGCCGUGAUAUCCUCAAGAGCGAGACCUGCGGUCUUGAGAUCCCCGAGAUUGAGCUUGUACUCACAAGAGGCACACUCGAGUUGUCGGAGAAGGUAUUCUCCGACACUCGUCGCGGUGACGACAAGUUCGAGGAGUUCUUGGCGAAGCUGAAGGCGGUCAAGAGCGCGGACCAGCCGUUCACCGUCAUCCUGGACGAUCCGCUCGCGAACAGCUACUUGCAGAACCUGUACGCGCCCGAUCCAGAUCCCAAUAUGACGAUCGAAACAUACGAUCGAACAUGGGAGCAGAACGAGGAGCUUGGAUUGAACGACAUGAAGUUGGAGGGUUAUGAAGAGGAUGCGGCGAAGGAGAGUGCAGAGCAAGAAGUUCCGGCAGAGCAGUCAUGACCCUAGCUAAAUGAAGGAAACGGAAAGCUAGCAUAAAUCAAUCUGCAUUGUAUCAUAGAGGACAUUGCUGUAUUCGUAUGGGGUGUAAUACAUGUACAAUGGAUGUCCGAA